UCCCUGCUCCCCCUGAGGGGAGGAGGGAAGGCGGGCGUCUGGGAGUGCUGCGCAGCGUCCCGGCUUCUACUGAGAAGGGAAAUGUUCCGAGGUCUUCUGAUGGAGGCGAGCCGCUUUUUAAUUCUGAGCGGUUGUUGUCCUUCUGUCUUCUCAUUCACAGGUUAAGGCUACCUUUGCAGAUGGUCCAGCAACUAAGUCGCCAGUUUCCAAGGGCAUUUGCACCAUCUAUGGAAAACAUCGGAUCAUUGCACACCAGACAGAUCCUUGGCAACUCAUCCCACCAUCCCCCUGCACAAAAGUUACUGUACCAGCCAACAAAGAAGGCAACCACUGAGUUUCUUUUCAUUACCAAAUAGAUACGAUAUCUCUGCCAACAAAAAAGAGUACACAAGGUGUCUCUUCAUGAAAUUGCAACCAGUUGAGACCAUGCUAAGCAAAUCAGCUUGUCUAUACGAUGACCUCUUCUUUUCUUCAGUAGCCAGGAUUUGAAGGAGAGACUCUGACCUGUGCCACUGGUAAGUGACUAACUUUUACACACUGAACUGGUGCUGAGAACUGAGCUGUCUUCUUUGUAAGUGAAGAAUAUACAACAUAAUCUUGAAGAACUGUACAGUGUUGCAAGCCAGAGGCAUACCAUGUGUGUUUAACAGACUGAGAUACAAGUGAAUCUUACUGAAACAGCUUCUCAUCUUUUGCUUUAUUUGCCAGUGUUAGUGUUUUGCUGGCUUAGAUUGUUACCUUUUCCUGGUAUCUUUUUUCCUAUACUGUUGGUCUAUUUUAAUGGGUCCUAGAAAUCCCUCUCCUGAUCCCUUAUCAGAAUCAGAAAGUGAGGAAGAAGAAAACACUACCUACCUAAAUGAGAGUUCUGGGGAAGAGUGGGAUUCCUCUGAAGAAGAGGACCCUGUGGUGCCCAACCUAACACCUCUUGAGAGUCUUGCCUGGCAGGUUAAGUGCCUUUUAAAAUAUUCUACAACUUGGAAACCGUUAAAUCCUAAUUCCUGGUUAUAUCAUGCUAAACUCCUGGAUGCUAGCACACCAGUCCAUAUACUUCGAGAGAUAGGCCUGAGACUCUCUCAUUGCUCCCAUUGUGUACCCAAACUGGAACCAAUUCCUGAAUGGCCUCCUCUGGCUUCUUGUGGAGUACCACCUUUUCAAAAGCCCCUUAUAAGUCCCAGCCGGCUUUCUAGAGACCAUGCCACUCUAAAUGGACCACUGCAGUUUGCCACCAAACAGUUAAGCCGAACAUUGAGUAGAGCCACCCCGAUACCUGAAUACCUAAAACAGAUUCCUAAUUCCUGUGUUUCUGGUUGUUGCUGUGGCUGGUUAACUAAAACAGUUAAGGAAACAACCCGCACUGAACCCAUCAACACUACUUAUUCCUACACUGACUUCCAAAAGGCAGUUAACAAACUCCUAACUGCAUCACUAUAAAAAACCCACCAUUCAUUCUCAUCUCGUGUUCCCACCUGAGAAAGGAACACAGUUACACAGCCCACAAUUGAGAAACAAAUGUCUUCUCAGCCACACUAUGCCCUGUCUUCAGAAGCCAAAAUACCAUCAAGUACUAAAUACAUACCCUAAGAGUCCUGUAACUCAGCUACAGAAAAUGUGCAGUGCAGACAUUCCUUUUGAAAGACCCUGUGGAUGAGAUGAGAACUUCAAUAGAGAAUUAGUUAAAAGGGACCUUUUUAUAGAAAAAUAAGUUGACUAUUCUCCACACUCAGUUCUCCCCACAAUUUACUCUGCCUGUCUAAUGGACUUAACUAGAUACCUAAUUACUAGUAGGAAGGAAAAGUGGGCCACUAUCCCAUUUGUUACCCAACCUUCAGAAUAGCCAUUGUGGAAACUGGUAAGUUAGUGCUAAUAACACCUUUCUGAGCAUACUUUUCUCUAGUACUCAUUUUUGGAGAGGUUCUUGAAUUAAAUUUAAUAACUGGACAAAAGAAAAUGGUAGGAAUAUGGAUUUACCUCCCAGUUUUAUAUUGAUAGUCCUACAUAGGGCGCCCUUUAGGGGUUCCUAUUUUGGGGGGAGGGAGUGCAGUGCAGCAGUGCUUAGUCACUUAGUUGUGUCCGAAUCUGCAACCCCGUGGACUGUAACCCACUAAUGCAGUAGUAGCCUACACUACUUCAGACGUAUUAUGGGACCUGCAGUUACAGCAUACACAUUUUAUAGGCUCUCACCAGGCUCUCUCUAGAUAAACUGGCUUGUAAGAUCAUGUGUGUGUGUGUGCUCAGUCUUGUUUGACUCUUUGCAACCCCAUGGACUGUAACCUGCAAGGUUCUUCUAUCCAUGGAAUUUUCCAUGCAAGAAUACUGGAAUAGGUUGCCAUUUCCUACUCCAGGGAAUCUUUCUGACCCAGAGAUGAACCUGCAUCUCUUGCGUCUCCUGCAUUGGCAGGUGGAUUCUUUACCACUGCAUCAUGUGAACAGCCUUGUAAGAUCAUACAUGGAGUUAAAACAAACACUUGUUCUGUAUGGAAUAUAUUUCCUGCAUCCUGGCAUCUAGACUUUAGUUGGUAGCAAAUAAAACACAUUCCAAAAGACCAGUGGGAAAGAAUUAAAAGCAUUUAUGCUGGUAGAUGAAAGUAUUUUAUCUAUAUGUUUCCUGGAGCAGUAUUCAUGCACUUUCCACAUCUAUUGCAAACUUUUUAGGAACCCUUCUAACUUUAAAGAACUUUACUGCAGAAAAUCUCAGCCUAAUACAAUCUGAAGUGUUUCUGUGUCUCACUUUAGAUUUUUUUUCUGGUUGAAUAGAAACCAUACAUACCCUUGCAAAUGAGUCUUGCUGUGUCUAAACAUAGAAAUCAACAUACAUAAAAUGUGUGAGGCCAGUAAGUCUUUUCACACACCUACAAUAAAGAGGAAAUCUGUAUGUGAUCCUGGUUGGCUGGUCAUCUAAAGGGAAUCAGAAAAUAGAUUGUUAAAGAUAUAUAUAUAUAUAUAUAUACACAUCCUUCCUUAUUUUAUUUUUGCUUUUUCCUGUUCUCCAUAAUUAAGUGCUGUAUACAAUGUGGCAUCAAAAUACGGAAGCAUUAUUGGAAUCACAAAUUCUGUAAAUGUAUAGCAACUUUGAGAAAGAAGAAUGUUUCUAACCUAAUGAGAAAUUUCUACUGAACCUUAGUUGUUUCAUCUUAAGGAAAAGGAGGGAAUUAUAGUGGGUAGAAAAAAAAUAUUUGUUAAUGGAAAAUUACUGAACUGAAACCAUUUAAUGUUAGUGUAACUGAAUGUACAGUAAACUGAAUUUACUGCUCCUAUGUAGAUGUUCUAUGAAAUUGUUGUUUUUUUUUAAUGUUACAAAAACAUGUUUCUUUUUUUCAAAGGGGGAGGUGGGAAGAAGUAGGGAGAUCUGAAAAUUAAAAUAUGUUGCUGUUUAUGUAACAGUAAUAUGUUCCUUUUUCUGUGUGUGUGCGCAUGCAUGUGUGUGUGUGUAAAAGUGCCUUGUUCAUGAACACAUCUUUGCUGUUCAUUCCAAAAGGAAGCCUUUUCCCAGCUUCCCAGCUGAAUAAAGCAAUAGCUUUGUACAUGCUGAACAGA